AUGGCGCCCUCCACUCGUCUGAGUUCACGACCUGAGCGCCGUGUGGCUAAUCAUGGUAAGGCAUCUUCUAGCCGAGUUGGCUCAUCUCGCAAUCCCAUUCUCGUCGAAGAAACAGCACCGCCACGAAAAAGGAUAGGCAUGAUGCCGAGGCGUAGGAUCGAGAGCGCUCCCAAGCAGGCCCGCGACGCAAGAGGGCGCUUCGUCAAGUCCAAGAACACAGCGGAGCCGAAGCCAGACCGCAAGAAAGUUGUCAAGGUUACAGCAGAGCCAAAGCCUAAGAAGAAGGCGCGAUCUGAGAAGACGGAGUGUCUCAUCUGUGCCACGACCAAGGACACGACGCGCAGCUUCAGAGCCUCCAAGAGCAGGAAGAUUUGCGAGCACUUCGAGAACGUGUGCAAUUCGUGUGUUCAGAAGCAGAUCAAGACCAAGAUCACGGCUCGCCAGCUUACUGAUGCACAUCUACCUUGCAUGUUUCCGGGGUGUACGGCAGUGCUCGACCACGCAGCACUAAAGAAGGUCAUGACAACAGCUCUCUUUGAGACCUGGGAUGCAGCAGUUACCAAGCACCUCCUCGCCGCCGACCCAUCGUACAUCGCCUGCCUCAACCCAAAGUGCGGCGUCUACUUCUCCAUCGAAAACUGCGGCAGCAAACGCCAGAUCUCCAGCACCAAGCCCAAGCCCAAGUCCAAGUCCAAGUCCAACGCCAAGCAGAAGCAGAAGCAAGAAGACACUGACAAAACAGCCUGCCCACACUGCGACCACGCAGCCUGUCUAUCCUGCAACCGCCCAUGGCACUCUGGCUCCUGCGACAGCGCCAAGAAGCGUGAAGACAAGCAGUCGGAGAACGCAAUCAAGAAGCUAGGCGCAAAGCCAUGUCCCAAGUGCGGCGUCAACAUCGAAAAGCAGGGCGGCUGCGACCACAUGAACUGCCGACGCUGCCGCCACAACUUCUGCUGGGAGUGUCUCGGCCACUUCACCGGCAACGCCAACCACCACUUGCCGACAUGUUCGCACCGCCGUCCCAUGAUCGCAGAGGACAUUGGCAACUUCAUCGGCGACGGCAUGACCACGGCCCAGAUCAACCAGGCGAUUGUGCACGCCCGCAGGGAGCUGCUGGCUGGUCGUGUCCCGCAGCCGACCGUACGGCUAGCGCCGGGCGUGCAGCUGGUGAACGGGGUAGCGGUUGCGCCACCGCCCACGUAG